GAUCCAAAACAAAAUAAAAACAGAAACAAUACAUUGAAAUUAACUUCUCUUCCAGCCAUUAUACUUCAUGGAGUUGGCGAUGGGACAGUUUUCCUCUUACGGCAGCGACAAGGUCUGGAAGGCCGUCCCGGCAGUUAAAGGUGUGGGCUUCGGCCAGAUGAUCGGCACCUGGUCUGUGGUCACGUACUACUGCUCGCUGAUGGCACUCACGGUCUUCUACUUCGUCCAGUCGUUCAACACCGUCCUGCCCUGGACGUACUGCAACCCCGAAUGGGCCGACGAGAACUGUAUCGACUCCGCGGGGAACUUCACUUACACCAACGAAUCUCAGUCUUCAUCCGAGCAGUAUUUUAACAAUUUCGUUCUAAAGAAGAUCGACAACAUAGACAACGGCAUUGGGCUGCCCGACUGGCGCCUGGCCCUCUGCCUGCUCUUCUCGUGGAUUGUGCUCUUCUUCACGCUCGUCAAGGGAGUCAAGAGCUCCGGAAAGGUCGCCUACUUCACGGCCCUCUUCCCGUACGUCGUGCUGUUUACUCUUCUGGGCCGAGGCGUCUCGCUGCCCGGGGCGGUCAAUGGAAUCAUCUUCUUCAUCAAUCCUCAGUGGCACAUGCUGGCUGAUCCCAACUUCCCGUGCCUAAAUACACUUCACACAGAUGCAGCAGAAAUUCAUUUUACUAACUCACUGUCAACAGUCAUGCAUCAGAGUUUAAGCCACUCGGCUUUGACCUCUGAUGCACUUGCCCAAGAUGCCUGGAUCAUCAGCUUGGCCGACACGCUAACCUCCCUGCUCGCCGGAUUCACCAUCUUCAGCAUCCUCGGCAACCUCGCCCACGAACUCGGGGCUGAUGUGAAGGACGUGGUGAGGGGCGGCUCGGGCCUGGCCUUCAUCUCCUACCCGGACGCACUUGCCAAGUUCGACUGGGUGCCGCAGUUGUUUGCUGUGCUGUUCUUCCUGAUGCUGUUAACGCUGGGCGUCUGCUCCGCGGCUGGACUCACCGGCAACAUCAUCACUGUCAUCGCUGACCAGGUUUACAUAAAACUGGCCAUCUGUGUCUCUGGCUUUCUGCUGGUUCUUGUCUAUGUCACGCCGGGUGGUCAGUGGAUUUUGGACCUUGUCGAUUACUUCGGAGGUGGAUUCAUCAUCUACGUUCUCGUUAUCGUAGAAACCGUCGGGAUUAACUACAUCUACGGCAUGAAUAACUUUAUUCGCGACAUAAAGUUCAUGUUGGGUGUCGACCUUGGCAUAUACUGGAAGUUCUGCUGGGCGUUUUUCAUCCCGGUGUCCCUCACAGGCAUCCUCCUGUACAUCCUUAUAGACUUGAGACUUCCCACUUUCGAUGGGCAAGAAUACCCUGAGAUUGCUUACACGUGUGGUUGGAUCCUGUCUGGCGUGGCCCUCGGUAUGCUCCCCAUAUGGUUCACACACGCUGUUUACAUUGCGGAAGGAAGUACUUUCACCGAGAAAUUGAUGAGUGUUUUCCGACCGAAGGAUACGUGGGGACCAAAGAAGAUGAAGAACAGAAAAGAAUGGGAAAAGUACAUACAAAAUUGCCAGUGAUUUUAAAUGGAAAAUGUAUAUAAAUAA